AUGGCUCGUACUAAGCAAACCGCUCGCAAAUCUACUGGUGGCAAAGCCCCACGAAAACAGUUGGCUACCAAGGCCGCACGUAAAAGCGCCCCAGCUACUGGUGGUGUCAAGAAGCCUCAUCGUUAUAGGCCAGGUACCGUCGCCUUGAGAGAAAUCAGACGUUACCAAAAAUCAACUGAAUUGUUGAUCCGCAAAUUGCCAUUCCAACGUUUGGUCCGUGAAAUCGCUCAGGACUUCAAGACCGAUUUACGUUUCCAAAGCUCUGCCGUUAUGGCUCUCCAAGAAGCUAGUGAAGCUUACUUGGUUGGUCUUUUCGAAGAUACCAACUUGUGCGCUAUCCACGCCAAACGUGUUACUAUCAUGCCAAAGGACAUCCAAUUGGCACGUCGUAUCCGUGGCGAACGCGCUUAA